UGGAGGUUUUAACAGUUUCUCAAAGAGGUUUGUAACCUCCAUAAAUUAUUUUACACUUUUGAUUCCCCUCCAUUUUUUCAGCCUUUCCCUCCAAUGUUUUACAAUCACUUUGCUCACUAAACAUUUCCCUCAAAUUUCCAAACCCGAGAUUCUUAUUUUCACUUUGGUUUUGAAAACUCUUUCAUCAAAUUGGAUUCAUCGUACCGAUGUUCAUCUCUGUCAUCUUCGUGCUUGCUCGUCAGCCGGUGCUCAUCGAUCAAUGCUCCUCGGGUGCGUUUUUUAUUUAGGAUUUUCAUCCACCGGUAGGUUUCAUCAUGUUGGACAAUUGAGAGAGGUAUCAAACAAGGUUCACAAUGCAGAGUUAAAAUUGUUUUUGGAAGUAGAGCUUGGGCUGGAGAAAGAAGCAUAUAAAAAUGGAGAAACACUACCUUCGGAAGAUUCCUCUGUGCAAAGUACCUUUGCUCCUGUAGAUGGAGAACAACUAAAUGAAUUUAGUGAUGCAAAUAAGGAUCAAAAUGAUGUGCAGAGUUUGGAUAGCGAUGAAGUUGCUAGUGGAUCACCUCUGCCAAGUGUGAAGCCUCAAAAAUUGGAUGAAGCAAUAAAAAUUCCUAUGGAAACAAUCGAAAUUUUAAGGAACCAAGUUUUUGGCUUCGAUACCUUUUUUGUAAUAAGCCAAGAUCCUUAUGAGGGUGGAGUGUUGUUCAAAGGGAACUUGCGAGGGCAAGCUACUAAAAGUUAUGAUAAAAUUUCUAAGAGAUUGAAAGAUAAUUUUGGAGACGAGUACAAGCUUUUUCUUUUAGUAAAUCCAGAGGAUGACAAGCCCGUGGCUGUUGUAGUUCCAAGAACAACCUUACAACCAGAGACAACUGCCGUACUUGAGUGGUUUGCUGUUGGAGCUUUUGGACUGGUUACGGUUUUUACCUUACUUAGGCUGAUAUGUCUUAGGCAAGAGUGUUCUGUCACACAAAACUGUUUCAUGUGUUUUAUUUACUAUACUGAUACAGUCGUGUAUACUCCUUCGCUUGAGUAAUAAGUUCAAAAGUAUUACAAUUACAUUGUUUAGGUAAAUACAUGUCUGUCUUCCAGGCUGUAUAUUCUUAAAUAGGAUGGUCUCAUAAAAUAAUUUAAUUAGUGAUGAAUUGUUGUCUUUUUCAUAGGAAUAAAUCUUUAUUUCUUGUUGUCAUUUUCCUGGUUGACUGAUUGUUUCGUAUUAUAGAUGCUUCAAUUUCGUAUGCACCUAUAACUACAAAGUGAAAUUUAGGUGUCAUUUGGUUCAAUAAUUACUUCAACUAGUGAUGAAUUCUGGUCCAGCUUUCAUAGGAAUAACCAAAAAGAUUCAUUUGAUAACAAAGUAAAGAAAUGAGUCGGUAAUUAAGUAAACAAUGAGUCUGUGAAGAGCUUGCGUGUAGAAGUUUGAGAGUAGCAUAGCAGUACUCACAUUUCUUAUAUCUAUAUGUUUAAAGGAAUAUCAAUUUUUUGAAUUUUAAUUUUCCUUUUAGACUGUUUGAUUAAUUCUAUUUUUUGCAUACAUAGCUAUGCUGAUAUCAGCUCUGCUUCCUAGGAAAGUCUAUAGUUAGUUUUUGUUGAUUUCUAAAGGCCAUAAUUGAUUAAUG